GCCUCAAUAUAACGCGCAUCGGGCGGCCGUUUCUUUAAUCAUUUGUUCGGUUCUUUUCAGUGCCUUAGUUGUUCAAAAGACGGUGAAAUGGCAAGGACGAAGCAGACGGCUCGUAAGUCCACUGGUGGCAAAGCUCCCCGAAAACAGCUCGCCACUAAAGCAGCUCGAAAGAGCGCUCCUGCCACCGGUGGAGUAAAAAAACCCCAUCGUUAUAGGCCCGGCACAGUAGCUCUGCGAGAGAUUCGUCGAUAUCAGAAAUCCACUGAAUUGCUUAUUCGUAAGUUGCCUUUCCAGAGGCUGGUGAGGGAGAUAGCUCAGGAUUUCAAGACCGAUCUCCGUUUCCAGAGUUCCGCGGUCAUGGCUCUGCAGGAGGCCAGCGAGGCUUAUUUGGUUGGCUUGUUCGAAGAUACCAACUUGUGCGCCAUCCAUGCUAAGAGAGUGACCAUAAUGCCCAAGGACAUCCAGCUGGCUCGUCGCAUUCGUGGGGAACGCGCCUAAGGACUCGGAUAUGAGAAAGUAGAAUGUAAUGGAAAGAAAAUGGCUCUUUUCAGA